AUGUCUGCAGACGAAGAGAAAGACGACUCGCUCCGCACGAUGCGCCGGGUGCGCCAGGCGUUCAGGAAGUUCGACAAGCCCAGCUUUAUUGCCUCUCAUCCACAAAGAUCCAUCAUGUCUCCGAGCGCCCUGACGAUCCCCCAUCCACGCCUCCACCCUGACAGAGAGGAUUCCUCGCUAUGCUACCAGCUCAUCACGACCUCGCAAUCGAUAUACAGUGUACGGACCUACCUAGAGCCCGAUCUACUCGCAGGAGGUGUCUCGCGCUCCGAUGCAAACAUAGCCAUCACCUCCCUCGCAAGUGCACUCGAUCGCAGCGUAUGGGAUGACUCAUACGCUCCCAACGCGGUUGCCUCCAUGCUAUCGUUUGUGAGGGAUGCAAGGAGGUCGCGCCCCUGCUCUGUCUUCCUCGGAGCACCGGUUGCUGUUUGCGUGCUCGCGCUCUUCGGCGAUUCAGUGCUCUUUGGGGCACUCUUGGGCAUUGUCUCUAUGUGGACGUUCCCGCUAUGCCGUAUACCACCCUGA